AAAAUAUUUGAUCAAGUUCUAUAGACAAUAGCUAGAAAUGGACGACACGCGACGAGUAAACACAUGGGAUGGCUAUGUGGACUGGAGAAACAGACCGGCCUUGAGAAGCCGUCAUGGUGGCAUGCUUGCUGCGUCCUUCGUGUUAGUGGUUGAAGUCUUGGAGAAUCUAGCCUUCUUGGCAAAUGCAAGCAACCUUGUAUUGUACCUGUCGAAGUUCAUGCAUUUUUCUCCAUCAAGCUCUGCAAACAUUGUUACCAAUUUCAUGGGCACAGCCUUCCUACUCGCUCUACUUGGCGGUUUUCUAGCCGACGCUUUCUUCACUACCUAUCGAAUCUACUUGAUAAGCGCCGCGAUCGAAGUUAUGGGUCUGGUGAUGCUAACAGUCCAAGCUCAUUUGCCUUCACUGAAACCACCCAACUGUGAUCCCCAAAACAGUAAUAAUAUCCAAUGCAAGGAAGUUGAGGGAUGGAAAUCAGUGAUGUUCUUUGCAGGCCUCUAUUUGGUGGCACUUGGUGUUGGAGGAAUAAAAGGUUCACUUCCCUCGCAUGGGGCUGAGCAGUUCGAUGAGAGCACGCGACGAGGAAGGAAGCAGAGAUCGUGGUUCUUCAAUUACUUCGUGUUCUGCCUCUCUUGUGGAGCUCUCAUUGCAGUCACAUUUGUGGUAUGGAUUGAGGACAACAAAGGAUGGCAAUGGGGUUUCGGGGUAUCGACCAUAGUGAUACUCCUCUCCAUCCCAAUCUUCCUUCUUGGCUCGCAUAUUUAUCGUACCAAAGUUCCCACCGGAAGCCCAAUCACAACCAUUUUCAAGGUCUUGGCUGCAGCACUUCAUAACAACUGUAGAACAACUAAAGGCAGCAAUGUGGUCAGUGGCAUAAGUAGUGAAGGCGGAGACUGCGAUUCUACGGAGAAAUUUCAAACACAAACUCCAACAGAAAGUCUUGUGUUCCUCAACAAAGCAGUGACAAUCAAACCAGUUCAUCCAGUACUGCAAUGCACGGUCCGGCAAGUAGAAGAGGUCAAAAUAGUGCUUAAAACUCUCCCCAUUUUCAUGUCUAGUAUAAUGCUAAGCUGCUGUCUUGCUCAGCUCUCCACAUUUUCUGUCCAACAAGCUGCCACCAUGAAUACCAAGCUUGGUUCACUAAAAGUCCCACCGGCAUCCCUCCCCGUCUUCCCUGUAACCUUUACUAUGAUCCUAGCACCAAUCUAUAACCAUGUAAUCAUUCCAUUUGCAAGAAAAGCUACCAAAACUGAAAUGGGGAUAACUCAUCUGCAACGAAUCGGGACGGGGCUAUUCCUGUCUAUUGUGGCAAUGGCAGUGGCAGCUCUUGUUGAAAUUAAGCGAAAGCACGUUGCGACUGAAUCUGGACUACUAGAUUCCAAUGAGCCACUACCAAUCACAUUCCUUUGGGUGUCAUUGCAGUACUUGUUUCUUGGUUCAGCUGACUUAUUCACUCUAGCAGGAAUGAUGGAUUUCUUCUUCACAGAGGCACCAAUAAGCAUGAGGUCCUUGUCUACUGCUCUGUCGUGGACAUCGCUCGCGAUGGGUUACUACCUAAGCUCUGUUCUUGUUGAUGCAGUCAAUAAUGUUACUCGAAACUACGGACACACGCCAUGGCUCUUCGGCACCAAUUUGAACCAUUAUCGUCUUGAAAAGUUUUACUGGUUGAUGUGCAUAUUAAGUGGACUCAAUUUCUUGCAGUAUCUCUUCUGGGCGAGCCGGUACAAGUAUGUAUCAGCAGGAACGGAUGACGACUAGCAAAUUUCUAACGCUAUGUCCUCAGAAUCCCUACAGAUUUUCUUCUAUUAUGGUCUGCAUAGUAAUAGUAUAGUAAUGUACUUUUCACCAUUAUUUCUACAUCAAUGCAUAAUAUUUUGAAAAUUAUAAUAAAUGUCAA